GCUGCACCUGGCAGGGACUCUCAGCACCUGGCUCCUGGGGGCAGACAGGAGGGAGAGACUCUGCUGGGAGGAGGGUGAUUCUUACCCAGACCAGACCUGUGUGGGGAGCAGAGAUGGAGCCUCAGAGGACACUGUCCAGAUGCUGCUUCCUGUUCUUUCUUGCAGUGGCGACCAUGGUGCAGAGUGCUGCUGCAGCACCAGAUGGGAGUUGCCCCACUCCAGUGUCCUCACUGCCUCAGAGUUGCAAGGAAGUGAAAAUGUUCAACUCUGGAGCCAGAGAUGGUGUGUAUACCCUCCUCACCAAGCAAGGGACCACCUACCAGACCUUCUGUGACAUGACCACAGACGGUGGUGGCUGGACCUUGGUGGCCAGUGUGCACGAGAACUUUCUGGCCGGGAGGUGCACGGUGGGCGACCGCUGGAGCAGCCAGCAGGGCAACCGGGCAGACAACCCUGAGGGGGACGGCAACUGGGCCAACUACAACACGUUUGGGUCUGCAGAGGGGGCCACCAGUGACGACUACAAGAACCCUGGCUAUUUCGACAUCCAGGCUGAGAACCUGGGCAUCUGGCAGGUCCCCAACAAGACCCCACUGGAGAACUGGAGGAGCAAAGCCCUGCUGAGGUACCGCACCACCUCAGGAUUUUUCCAGACCACAGGAAAAAAUCUGUUUGGCCUUUACCAGAAAUACCCAGUCAAGUUUGGAAUAGGCAAAUGCCUGAAGGAUAACGGCCCAGCCAUUCCUGUCGUCUAUGACUUUGGGGAUGCUAAGAAAGCUGCCUCUUAUUACUCACCUGGUGGUCGCAAUGAGUAUGUGACUGGAUUCAUCCAGUUCCGGGUGUUUAAUAAUGAGAAAGCAGCCCACGCCAUGUGUCCUGGGUUAAAAGUCACUGGCUGUAACACAGAGCACCACUGCAUUGGUGGAGGCUACUUCCCACAGGCCAGUCCCAAGCAGUGUGGGGACUUCUCCUCCUGGGAUUGGAGUGGAUACGGGACUCAUACUUUAGUGAGCAACAGCCUGGCAAUAACCGAGGCAACUGUACUGCUGUUCUACCGCUGAGACAUCAGAGAUGGAAAACCAGAUCCUCUCCUCACCCAGAUCCUCAGGGGUGAAAACAAGAUAAAACAACAAAAUUAUACUAACCAGCAGACCAUGAUAAUAAAUAAUGUGAAGUUGGAGCACUGGUUUUUUGCACCAUUUUGGUAAUAUGGUAAACACAAAUCAAUUAUUUAAAACAACUUAUUCUUGGGUUAGGGUGACAACAUAU